GAAAGUGACAAGUUUUCUGUUCGGUUCGACUGUACUACAUUAGUUUGUAUUGGUGUAACAUUGACAAGACGCCGUCGUCCCGCCGGGCUCACGAGCAAGUGGUUGUUGGAAAAGUCGGUUGCAUACUCGAAGAAUUCUCUAUGGAGUUGGUUCAGGUCUCAAGUUCUUGGAGAAUGAUGUGCGGUCCCAUCUAGUCAAUCAGGGAUUCAAAGGACUGGUUCAUUGAUAACAGACUCAUUUGAAAGAAAGAAAACGAAACAAAGAUGGCCCCGGCACAUGGAUACACCUUGGGCCUCUUAGUGUCCUUGUUAGUUGCGACACUUUCAACAGCAAGGGAGUCUUCCAACGAUGGUGCUUUCAAAAUUGACAUGCUGCAAGUCUUCAGAAGUGGGGAAACAAUUAAAGGAGUUUCAGAUGCGCUAGGUUCGCACGUCGGAACACUCUCAUACAGAGUACGUCCUUCACUUCCCAUACUCACACUGCCUGCCAGUGCUGUGCAAGAACUUCGCAGUCAUGACAGUAAUGCUUUAAGUCUAAUCAUCACAGCCAAGCAAGUCUACGAGAGUGCGGGGACGCUCCUAACAAUAACGACCGCGGACAACAGUCCAUGGCUCAUGCUCAGUACCAACCUGAGAACUGGCCUCAUGCGAUUGAAAUACCGCAACGUUAACGAGAACGCCCUGAGAGAAGUGUUAACCUCGUCCCCGUUCGUUGAGACGGACUUGCAGGAAUGGGCACAGGUCGGGAUCGUACUGUCGGGUACGAGUAUGAAAAUUUACGAAGGGUGUACAGGAGUGAAGGAGGUGCUGUUGGAAGAGGGCGCUAUAAAUCUGAGGCUGCCUGAGGAAUCAGUCGUCUACGUUGUGCAGGGGUUGAAAGGCAAGAAUAAAUUCAGUGGUUGGAUAGAAGAAUUCUGGCUGUAUCCGUCAGAAUUAACUACGAUGCCAUGGACUUGUCCUGAUAUUGAAGAAGCACCAAGUAAUGAUUCCACUAUCGCACCUCAUGACACACAGAGUGACGCACAGGGUGAUGCACAGGGUGAUGCACAGGGUGGCGCACCCAGUGACACCAGUCAUAAUACACCCAGCACAUCUCACACUAACCCCACCGUUCACUCUGCUAAUGCAACCACCAGUACUGCCUCAGAUUCCUCACAAGGAACGGCCGCAGACGUACUCAGCGAUGAGGCACCAAUGGAAUCGCCAUCAUUGUCUGCACUUAAAGACGCACCAGUCUUUGAAUCCAAAGCAGCGUUUGACCAACUAGUCCGUGAAGGCCUGCCCAAUGCAAAGGCUGCACAAACUGCUACAGAGCCAGGGAUACUAGAGCAGGACCUUGGCUUGUCACUUCUGACGCUGCAGGAAGAACGCAUCCUGGAACUGGAGACCAUCGUACAAGACAUGAGGACCAUGAUGAACAUGCUCAAAUCACAGGUUGCCUCAAUGGAAGUUCGUCUAGUGCAGCGAGAGGCUUGUGAAUGUCGGGUGAUGUCCUGCAUGUAUGAUGGCCAGGAGUAUCAGGAAGGCCAAGCCUGGCAACCAGACCCUUGCACUGUCUGCUAUUGUCAGCAAGGACAAGCACUCUGCUCAUUUCAAAACGACCGGCCGGAGUGCCUGAACCCUUGCCUGUCCAACCCCUGCAUGAACAGUGGAACGUGCCAGAGUCUCCCCGGCAACGGCAACUACUCAUGUCUUUGUCCACCGGGUUGUGGGGGUGAUCACUGCCAAAACAUGAAGAAUGUCUGCGCUGCCCCUCCAAAGACCAAUGGGUGUGAACAGCGAGGGGUCAUGUACUACUUUGACAUGUUCACUCAGAGAUGUGAAGUUAAUUAUGCUGGUUGCCUGGUUGACGGCAACAGCUUUGCAACUCAGCAGGCAUGUCAGGAUCAGUGCAUGGUGGGAGCGUGUUGCUAUCGGACUUACAUGCGUGGAUCGGCAGGCCAAGAAUACCUGGAUUUCACUCAACUCCUCCCUGGCCACAACUGCCAGACCCUGGCUCUGGACCAGUGCCGUCAGCUUAACAUCUUCACCCCCUCAGCCAAUCAACGGCAUGAGGUCAUAGGAUUCCACCCAGGCAGGUCAUGUGAUGAGAUGUCAUGUGACCUACCCGAUGGCUGUGUCUUUAUGGAUACUAUCCAUGCAGUUGGGGACAGCUUUCGCACCCAUUGUCAGGAGUGUAGGUGCAUGCCUGAAGGAAGGCUGAAUUGCAGGUGUCUUGAGAUGACAGUUCGUAAAGAGAUACGUGACAUGACGAGAGAUGAGUUAGAUCGUUUCCAGGCCGCUGUGCAGCAGCUACGCUCCUCUGAUCAGGGCAGUCCCUGGGAACAUGCUAGAGAUACUUACAUGCAACACAUCAUGGAGGCUAAUAACAUCCCAGCAUACUUGCUGUGGCAUCGGCUCUUCUUACGCCAGAUGGAGAGACGCUUGCAGGAGAUUGAUUGCUCCAUUGCUCUGCCGUAUUACGAUUUCACCACAGACGUCGGUGACUUCUCUAAAGCCAUUAUCUGGCAGCCCAACUAUUUUGGAGGUGAUGGCCGUGGGUCAUGUGUUGAAGACCACCCGUUCCGGGGUGGCUCACCCUGGGAACCGUGCCUGAUCCGCAAAUUCAUCUAUUCGAUGCGGUUGCCGUCCAAGAUCGAUGUUGCCACGGCGAUGGCAGCAACCGAUUUUGACACCUUCAGCAUGUGCAUGCAGACCAUCAUGGGUCACGUUUUCAACUACAUCGGGGGUCACGCCGCCAGCUCAGGCGCACCCUAUGACCCUGUGUUCUACGCUCUCCAGACUUACGUCGACAUGAUCUUCUGGCGAUGGCAACGCAAGGUCGGCAAUGAUGGCAACUUCCCGGCAGCCAUGUUGGACAUUCCGCUGGUACCCUUCAACAGUAGGCCGCGUGAUUUGCUGCGUUUAGAAUCGCAGCUGUGCGUGACGUAUGUGUUACCAACGGAAGGCAAUCCUUGCAACCGUACUGCCUCAGUAUUUGGCCGAGAUGGAUACGAUAACGAAGGCUAUGACAGAAAUGGAUUCAACAGACAAGGCUAUGACAGAGCGGGAUACACUAUGGAAGGAUACAACAUAUAUGGCGAGUAUGACGAGCGAGAUUUGUACACUUAUGGUCCAGAGGGACGCUAUGAUUAUGAAGGCUAUGAUAGAAGUGGCCAUGACCAAUUUGGAUUCAACAAAUACGGCUUUGAUCGAGAUGGUUUUAAUAGAGAUGGCUUCAGCAUUUUUGGUUAUAACAUCUACGGCUACGAUCGUUACGGCUACAAUGAGGAAGGUUACAAUGCCCAGGGCUAUGACCGCAGUGGCUACAGUACAUCCGGCCUGCCAGACACAACAGGACGCUACAAUGCCAAUGGCUAUGACUUGUACUGUCUGAACCGAUACGGCUUGAAUGCCCAGGGCUAUGAUGCCUAUGGCUUCAAUCUCCAGGGAGUGGAUAGCUUCAACUGUAACUUCUUCUACGAUGGACCGUUUAGUCUGGGCAUCUCGAUACGACUAGACCAGCUCCUCUUUCAGCAGACCAAGCAGUUUCUGAUGGGCGUGGUCCACACCUGCCCCCGGCCAGGCCAGCUGCCACUGGUGUGGUUUGAGCAGACGUGGAGUCUUCAACAGAAACCGCUGUCUGGGGGAAGAACACAGCUGACUAAUUUCCCAUCCUCACUCACAUCAAACAGGUUUUGCUUCGAUGUGGAGUCCUUCUUAGACAGUUGUAUUUGUGACGAUUCCAACACUGUCUGUCCCAUCAAUCCCUGUGACACUCCCUGCAAUUCCCAUCCCAACGCGGUCUGCUCCUACAGUUUCUGUGGCAGGUGCUCCUCCACCUGGUAUGAGAACGGCCAAGAAGUCAACUGUGGCCAGAGCCUCGGGGAUGAUUGUUUGAAUGGAACCACAACCCAUGCAGAUGGCUCUACCUGGCAACCUGACCCAUGUACAACUUGUAUGUGUAAUAGAGGUUCAGUGAAUUGCCGAUUGGAUGAGUGUCCUGUCUUAAGAUGUCAGUACCCUGGCAGUGUACUAGGCCAGUGCUGUCCACGCUGUGAUGAUUGCCUAAUAAGGGGCGUGUUCAUUCGUAAUGGUGGGAGGGUCUUUGAUUCUAAUCCAUGCUUGAUCUGCACAUGUCGGGAUGGUAACCGAGAUUGUCAACCGGUACCCUGCUCUGCCCCGCGCUGUACACACCCUAUACAGCUAGAUGGAGAAUGCUGCCCCACGUGUGAAGGCUGUUCUUAUGAAGGGGACCAGUUAUACAAUGGCCAAUCGUUUCAUCAGGACAUGUGUACAAUCUGCACCUGCCUUCUGGGUAGCGUCGUCUGCUCUGCCGUCGAGUGUCCUGAGCUGACUUGUCAGAAUCAGGCCACUCCUGAAGAUGAAUGCUGCCCUCGCUGCACUGGGGAGGGCGGAUGCGUCUACGAGGAUAUGGCGUUUAAUAGUGGUGAUUUCUUUACUCCAAUGGCUAACCCAUGCCUUAGAUGCUCCUGUUUGGACAGCAAAGUGCGUUGUAAUCCCAUUGCAUGUACCCAGCCUCCGUGUGAUAACCCAAUCCUACUGCUUGGAGCCUGCUGCCCGGAAUGUACCGACAAAUGCAUCUACAAUGCUCGCCAGUAUAACAACCUGGAGCGUUGGAUCUCAGAUGACCAGUGUCAGCAGUGUACAUGCCAGGAGCGUGUAGUCAGCUGUCGGGACUUGCAACCGUGCAUCGCUAACUGUCAGCAUGGCUAUACACCCACAGGACAGUGCUGCCCUCAGUGUACAGAUUGCUUUUAUGAUGAGCGGCGUCGACCCAAUGGUGAGAUCUUUACCAGUGAAGAUCAGUGCAGUCGCUGCCUCUGCUCGUUUGGAACAGUCACGUGCGAGAAAUUGCCCUGCGAGCCGUUGCCAUGCCAACUCAGUGAGGUCAUCCCUGGGGAGUGCUGUCCCGUUUGCAGAGGUUGUAUUGAUGAUCUAGGGGAGCGACAUGAUCACCAGUCACUGUGGACGCCGGUCCUUAACGUCUGCCAGGAAUGCUUGUGUCUAGAGGGCCAGAUUACAUGUGAAACCAUCCAGUGUCAGACGCAGUGUUCUCAUGCUAUUAUCAGACCGGAGUACUGCUGUCCUAUUUGUAACGGUUGCUUCUAUGAAGGCCAGGAAUACAGUAACGGUGACCUGAUUGCAACCUCUGACCCCUGUCGUCAGUGUGCCUGUGACAUGGGGUCAGUCUCUUGUAGCUACACUGCCUGUGAUCCAGUCAGCUGCCCGCGUCCCUUCACUCCUCCUGGCCAAUGCUGUGCUGUCUGUCAGGAUUGUGAGUUUGAGGGUCAGAUGUAUGAGAAUGGCCAGGAGUUCUUUUCCACCGUGGAUCCUUGCCAACGCUGUAAUUGUCAGAGAGGAGAGGUGGUAUGUCAGAGUAUAGCAUCCACAUGCAGUACUCCAUGUAGCCACCCAAGCAGGGUAGCUGAUCAGUGCUGCCCUGUCUGUGAUGACUGUGAGUAUGAUAGGAGAGUCAUACCCAACGGUAGACGGUUCAGACAUCCACAGGAUCAAUGCCAAGUCUGUACCUGCACGGAUGGUUCGGUGUAUUGCGAGCCGGAGCCUUGUAACCCAGUGUCAUGUCGCAAUCCCGUCCUGCCCCCCGGCCAAUGUUGCUUCCAGUGUGAGACCUGCACAGCGAGAGACGGCCGGGAGUACGAGGACGGAGCACAAUGGACUAGCUCUGAAGACAGGUGCUAUACAUGCACGUGCAGGGACAGGCAAAUCAGCUGUGAACGCUCGGCUUGCCCAGAGCUUGAAUGCAGUAACCCAGGCCGAGCACAGGAUGCAUGCUGCCCUGAAUGUCAGGACUGUGAGUAUGACAGACGCUACUUCCGCAAUGGCCAGGAGUUUCUCAACCCACUCAAUCAGUGUGAACAGUGUCAGUGUCUGAAUGGCAACAUCAACUGUGAGCCUAUUGAGUGUCCUGCAAUACCCUGCCCCAAUCCUGUCACUCUGUCUGGGGAAUGCUGUCCACAGUGUCUAGAUUGUGAACACCAGGGCAAUACAUACCGCGAUGGUGAAUCUUUCAAAGAUCCAAGCAAUGAAUGCAUUGACUGUCUAUGUCAGCAGGGCCGUGUACAAUGUGACUAUACCUACUGCCCACCAGUCAGUUGUGACUAUCCAAUCAGGAGGGAUUGUUGUCAAUCAUGUGAUGGAUGCCUGUAUGGCUCAGUGGAGUUACAGAGUGGUGAACCUUUCAAGGAUCCCAACAACCCAUGCAUUGAGUGUACAUGCCUGGCUGGCAAUGUUCAGUGUAAUAUGAGAGAGUGCCCCCCACUCCCUGAGAAUUGUGAACAAUUCUACACACCAGAUGGUGAAUGCUGUCCAAUAUGUACUGCCAUCAAAGAGAAGUCCUGCAUCUACGGUGACGUUGAGUAUCAGAGCGGGGAGACCUUCCUCAAUCCCAUCAACCCUUGCGAGGAGUGCCUGUGUAAAGACAAGAAAGUCAGCUGCCAACGCCGUGAGUGCCCCGCCCAGGGUUCAUGCCAACACCCAUAUGAGGGAGACUGCUGUCCUGUAUGUGAUGACUGCACGUAUUUGGGUUUGCAUUACUCCAACGGUGCAACGUUUGCUGAUCCAGACCAGGAAUGUGGUCAGUGUCACUGUGAGGAUGGCAAUGUGCGCUGCGGACCGCUGCCAUGCACUCCAGUAUUCUGUGUGAAGAAGUACAUACCAGAAGGGGAAUGUUGUGAAGUCUGCCCAGAGGCAGACUGUGAGAUUGAUGGCCGGACCUACCUCCACGGCCAGUCAUUCCAAAAUCCCAGGGAUCCCUGCCAGCAAUGUGAAUGCAACAAUGGGGUUCCCAGAUGUGCGCCCAUACCAUGUGACCCGAUAGAAUGCCCUCAUCCAAUCAGAGAGCAGUGCUGCCAAACCUGCAACGGAUGUACUUAUAAUGGGUUGGACUACAGAAACGGUGAAACAUUUGAUGAUCCUGAAGUCACCUGUCAGCAAUGCCGAUGUCAGUUUGGUUAUGUUGAGUGUACAGCCCAACCCUGCCAGCAGCCUCUGUGUAAGUUCCCAGUCAAGCCGUCCGGUGAGUGCUGUCCUGUCUGUGAUGAUUGCUCCUAUCUGGGGAGAUUCUACAGGAAUCGAGAGACUUUCUCUGAUCCUGAUGAUCCAUGCCGUGAAUGUACAUGUGUGGACGGCGAUAUAACCUGCGACCCAGUUCAGUGUCGGGAUGUGUCUUGCCCUAACCCAAGACAGGAUGAAUGUGGCUGCCCAGCUUGUGAUGGCUGCAUUGUUGAUGGUGCAGAGUACAUGGAUGGCUCACAGUUUCCGGACAGUAACGAUCCAUGCCGAGGAUGCACGUGUAGGCGUGGUCACGUUGAGUGCCAGCGACAUGAAUGUCCGCCACCUCGCUGCUUGAACCCAAUCACUCUAUCCGACUACUGUUGCCCUGUGUGUGAUGGCUGUUUCUAUGACAACAAUCCCUAUGACAACGGCCAGUCCUUCCCAGACACUGUGGACACAUGCCGCGUCUGCACUUGUUUGAAUGGUAAUGUCAACUGUGCCCCGUCGCCAUGCCAACCCGUAUCUUGCACUCAUGGCAUGCCAGAUGAGUGCCUAUGUCCGUCAUGUGAUGGAUGUAUGUAUGAGGAUGUCAUGGUCAGGAAUGGAGAGAGUUUCAUGGAUCCAACCAACAUGUGCAGAGAUUGCUACUGUCUGGACGGCUCUGUGGUGUGUACAUUGCGAACCUGUCCAGCUAUCCAGUGUACAAACCCUGUGCGGAACCCAGGUGACUGUUGUGACGCUUGCCCGCAACAAGAAUGCAAGCGGCCAGAAGACCUGGAUCCUUGCCAAGAUUGUGAGUGCGUGGAGGGUGAAUGGGAAUGCACCAAUCGGAUUUGCCCUAACGUAACAUGCCCACAUGCCGGGCAGGGACAAUGCUGCCCAGAAUGCAAUGGAUGUACUUUUGGCGGCAAACCCUGGGGUAAUGGAGACAAUUUCCCUGAUCCAGUGGACAGCUGCAGGACCUGUCAAUGCAGUAAUGGGUUCGUGACAUGUGAAGAUCCUGUGUGUCCACCCAUUGACUGCACCAAUGCCAUCAUACCAGCUGGAAAAUGCUGUCCAGUCUGUACAGGACAAUGCACAGUGAAUGGUGUCACAUAUGAUAAUGGGCAAACCUACACACCACUAGCUGAUCCCUGCCAGAGAUGCACAUGUAGGAAUACUCAAGUCUUCUGUGCAGCGAUAGAAUGCUCCAGACUCUGUGCUCAUCCAUUACCGAGGGAAGGGCAAUGCUGCCCAAUAUGUGAUGGUUGUCUCUUUGAAGGUGUAGAGUACACCAAUAAUGCCGUCUUUGUUCAUCCUAACCACCUCUGUCAGAGCUGUACUUGUCAGAAUGGCAAUGUUGAGUGUUCUGACAUACAGUGUCGACCUACAAACUGUCCAGUCCCAAUAACUCCACCUGGUCAAUGCUGUGCCCAAUGUCAAGAGUGUGAAUAUGAAGGGCGUAUUUAUGUGGAUGGUGACACGUGGUUCUCAUCAACAGAUCGCUGUCGGCAGUGUGAAUGCAGGGGCAACCGUGUGGAGUGUGGUCCCAUGCCUUGCCCCAAUUCAGACUGUACCCAUCCAGUCCAGGGCUCCUGCUGCCCAAUAUGCGAUGGUUGCCUGUUUGAGGAGAGUAUCUAUAACAACGGCCAGAGUUUCCGUCCAGACAACUGCAGAGAAUGCAACUGCUUUAAUGGCAACAUACUGUGUGUAUCCCGUGAAUGUCCUGAGCUUAGCUGUCAGAGCAGGGUAAGGGACCCAGGCCAGUGCUGUGAAAGAUGCCAAGGUUGCUUGUAUGAAGGCUUUGAAUACAACAGUGGUGAAACAUGGGUCUCCCCAUUGAACCCUUGCAUUAACUGUCAGUGUCAGGAGGGAAUCACUCUGUGUACCGAGAUCCGUUGUCUAACACCAGAUUUCUGCACCAAUCCCGUCAGCCAGCCUGACCAGUGCUGCCCUACAUGCCCUGGUUGUAUGUACAAUGGUAUCAACUAUGAAGAUGGCCAGCAGUUUAGACCGUACAAUGAUCCUUGUGAGCUGUGCUUUUGUGAGCGUGGUAGUCUGGUGUGUCUACGUGAGACGUGCCAAGCUUUGCUGGAUUGCCCUCCAACGAUGGUCCAACCCGCACAGCCUGGAGAAUGCUGUCCAACGUGUGUAGGAGCACUCACAUCCAGUUGCACUAUUGAUAAUGUUGGUACCAUCAUGCGGCCCUACGGUGAUCCCUGCCUCACAUGUGAAUGCAAGAAUAUUUCGCAAUGGGAGUGUUUUUCUGAUAUGUGUCCAAUGUUGAUGUGCCCACGGUCUGAGCAAGAGACUACACCGGGUCAAUGCUGCCCUCGUUGUCAGCGUUGUCAUCUUGAAACUGGUGAGGUUUACUUUGAUGGCCAGACCUGGAACCAAGACAACAACAUGUGUAUUACUUGCACCUGUGAUGGAGGAGCCAUUGAUUGUCAGUUGAAGACAUGUGAAUCUAUCGUAUGUGAAGAGGGUCAGGAACUGUAUAAGCCAUCAGACCAAUGCUGUUACUCAUGUCGAGCUACCCAGCAGCCGUGUUUCUACUCAGGCCGUCAGUAUGCAGACAGUGAACAGUGGCAGAGAGAUGACUGUACAUCCUGUGUGUGUCUGUUAGGUCAAGUACAAUGCCAGACCUCACGAUGUCCACCACUUACUUGUCAAGCUGAUGAAGUGCCAGCCCUUGAGCCAGGUCAUUGCUGUCCCAAAUGUCUGUCACGCCCUGCAACAUGCAUAGCAUUUGGCGAUCCACACUACCGCACAUUCGACGGCAGACUUAUCCAUUUUCAGGGCACCUGCAAGUACAUCAUGGCCAUGGAUUGCAAAAAUCAAGACUUUAUUGUGGAAGUCAAGAAUGAUGACCGCAAUGCUGCGGGGCGAGUGUCCUGGACACAGGAAGUGACCAUCAUCAUACAAGGGGAGCAAGUGGACCUUGGUCAAAAUGGAAUGGUCAAGGUAAAUGGUGUUGCAGUGCAGCCCCCAUUCCUACAGGAACCCUACUUAUAUGUUGAACAACGUGGAUCUUCCUACUACGUCAAUACAAAUGUUGGCGUACAGGUGUUAUGGGAUGGUAGUAGCUAUGUUGAGGUCAGUGUGCCAGGGUCCUAUGCCAGAGAGACGUGUGGAAUGUGUGGUAACUUCAACUCGUAUCCACAGGAUGACCUGAAAAUGAGAAACGGUCAAACAGCCUCGUCUGAUGCAGCCUUUGGAAACAGUUGGAAGGUUGAGGGAUUCAAUGGUGACGGUUGUGAAGCCAAGGACGUCCAGCCUUGCGACGAGGCUAGCUACCUGGCCCGGAAGCUGGCCAACGCCAAGUGUUCAGUCCUCAAGACCCACCGGUUCUCGCCCUGUCAUGAGCUGGUCUCGCCUGAGCCGUACUUUGCCUCAUGCGUCUAUGACAUGUGUGCCUGUGGUGCCAACGAUGCAUGCUUGUGUGAUGCAUUAGCAGCCUACGCAGCUGAAUGUCGCCAGGCGGGACUCACCUUGAGUUGGAGGAGCGAUGCACUUUGUGCUAUCAACUGCCCAGAGAAUCGUGGCUUUAUGUUUGACGAGUGCGGCCCAGCCUGCCCCAGGACCUGCGCUAACAAGGACAUCCCUAUGGGCGUACUGGAGGAACACUGCAUCCGACCGUGUGUCCCAGGAUGCAACUGUGCUGCCAACAUGGUCCUGCAUGACGGUGGGUGCAUCUCAGCAAGGGACUGCCCAGAAGAUUUCAUCGUCAACGCUACCAUCGUAGAAUCCACCGGUAGAAACUAGUGGCAACGACUCACUCAGUAUUAUCUUGGCUUUCUUUAUAAGUAUUAAUGUUCAUUUAGAAUCAUGUUUUGUCAAUCUUAGCAGUAUUAUCGUAUUUGUGUCAGUUUUUUAAAGGGUGCUUUGAACAAAACUGCCUAUGUGUUUUUAAAUUAUAGAAGUGGUGCUGUAUAUUUUAUCAGGAAUUUCAUUUGAAAGUCUUUAUUUGUAUCACAGUAGAUGUCCUUGUAUUUAAAUCGUGAGUUUAGAUUGUGUUAGGGAGGAUCUCAAAAUUGGGAACACUUUUAAUGGUUAGACAAGAAUAAAGUGUCUAUCUUAAUGCCAUUUAAAAUUAUUUUUUAGGUUUUCAUCACCGCCCCGAUUUUUUAUAUUUAUUUUGUUUUGUAAAGUGUGUAUUUUCUCCAAUAAAAUGUAUUUUUUCAGACAAGUUUCUCACAAAACCUCGGGCAGCUCCGUUUUUCCAACAUCGCAUGGCACAAAUGCAUGUGGCGUGCGUGCCUUACGUGGACACUGGUUCCCACCGCUAGACAUGGCUAGAUAACAGCAAGAACGAUAAUGAGAAGCUAGCGUGGUGCAUGUCCAAAUUAUGCUCGAACAGGUUUCGAAGACUCGAACGUGAAAAAUUGCUGAGGCAACAGCGUUGGAAAUGAUCAAAACUAUGAAAAUCUUUAAUAAAGGUUUAAUAAACAAAACUUGGUCCCCCUUUCUGCAUUUAUAUUUUCUGCUUUCAUGAUUUUUUCGAGGUCUCAAUGUUUUUGUUUGUAGUGACUCAGUGAACUUGAGCGCGCUUUUCUGUGUGACCAUCACCGUGUGCCAGUAAUAAUGUGCCAGUGACAUUAUAAGCCUAUGUCAAUGCUGCAAGACCCACUCAGAACGUUCGAAAUAUGUUUGCGUAUGCCACAAAAUGUUCACUGCCUCAAAAGUAAACAACCGGGCGUUUUUCAUCUUUUCUCAGGAACAGUGUGACAUUAGGUCAGGUUCCUUUCAACCAGACCUUUGAAAUGGGCUAAGUAAAUAAUCUUAAAUAUAAAAACUUCGGCGAAUUCAGGACGAUGUGCCCCUUUAAUAUAACUUUUGCUCUGAUCAUAAAGUGCCAAAUAUACCAUUGGUUUUGUAAGAAAUGGGCAUUUUGUACAUUUCUCUAUAGGAGGUUGCCAGUCUCUAUUUUUAUCUGAAGCUUUUUUACCUUUUCAACUUUGUACUUCCUGUGCAUUUAUAAACAACUUUUAUAAAGAUGUUAUCUAUAUUUCUGGUGCUUUUUACACAAUUUCAAUUAAAAGGUAAUUUAUGUUCCAAGUAAGAUACAAAUUUUAUAUUACAAUUUAUCUGCAAUUAAUAAAAACAUUUGAUGCUUGUCAUUACAACAUAGAUCAUGAACAGCUCUAGUAUAUGUCUUGAUUUGGAGAAGGUUUUCCUCGACUGAGGCUUUUAAUCAAGUUUCCAUGUAUAAAAAGGAGUGAUCACGAAUGGAAAUGUUCAAUACAUUUGCAAAACUUUGAAAUGACAGAAAUGUAAGAUUGCUUCUUUUGGGAGCAUCAAAUAUUUACAUAAAGCAUAAAAAAACAUGAUUUACCAUUUGUUUUUAAUAAUAACUUGACUAUUCAUGACUUACAAUGAAAACAUAUAAUUUCAAAGCAGGGAAUGAUAUCCUUAGCACUGUUAAAGAACAAUAUUGGAGAGGCAAGUUCAAUGUGUUUAAUGUCAGCAACAACUUAUCUAUUUACUACUUGUACUAUUGACUAAACAACCACGAAGAUAAGUUGACGUAUAAAUAUAAAAGACAAUGACGCCAUUUUCUAAUCUACUACCAAAUCACAGUAAUAUCUUGCAACUUUUUCAAGUAAUUUUGGUUGUCUGCGCAACUGAUCUUAUAUGAAACACACUUAGUAUUGACAUGCUUAAACACAAUAAUCUGUAUCUCUUAUUUCCCAUAAAUCAUUUACAGUGAAAUGUCACUUCGGAUAACUUGGCGUGUUGCAUUUUGGGGGACAAAUGCCAAUCAACUGAUAUUGAAGUUUAACAUUACGCAUUUCAAUAACCACUACUGGCCUUGUUUAUAGCUUGUUAUUGAUUUUGGCCCAUAUAUAGAAAAUGUUUUUCAGGAUAAUUCAAGUCCCAUUUAGUGCCUCCUUUUGUUCGAGACGGUAACCACUUGGCAACGCCGUCACGAAGUAGAUGGUCCAUAGUGUUUGGGUAUUUAUUUAAGACACAAACGGUUCUUACUUCUUAAUAAUUUACAGCCAAAACUAACUAGGUGACUGCGCACGGCACCAUUUGACAACACAAGCAGACUGCUGAAUACAUCGAAAAAAGGUAUUAUCAGACUAGAUACCGUAAAUGCCUUGAAUCAUUGGUCACAAAUUGUUCCACAAUAAUUGUCUCCUUUUCCAUGCUAAAAAGGAAAUAUUUCUAUCUUUGUAUCAAGGUCUUUGAAAACAUUCUGAGAUAAAUUGACGAAGACAUUAUAGACGUUUCAAGGCACCUAUAGGAUCAUUUGUUCUUUGUACAAUUUUUCCCGGUUGAAGCAAGAACAUUGCAAAAUUUGCAUAACAACUAUCCUGUCAAGUUUUAGCUCGGUGACGAGUGGAUACUGUACAUUUUGAGAAAACAGAGAAAACGUGCACAGUUUUGGGGUCUCGUAAUAACUGGAUUCCGUUGCUAACACAUACAAAAAUUUGCCCGCGGGCACACUUUCUCAAAUCUCCAAUGGUCGUUUUCUUCCGAAUGAUACCAUUUCAGGUGGAACAAUUUCACAGGGUAUUUGGUACCAGUCCUUUAAGCAUGGAUUUUCCCUUUAAGCAAGGGUUUUCUCGUUAAAUCGUUUGGUACAUUUCCAGGUAAUCGCAAAUGUUCCCAAGUGCCUUUUAAUGUUAAAUGCAGUGAUAAAUCUAAAUAACAGUGGUAAAUCUAUAACAGCUUAGUUUAAAAUUAGUUGAACGAAAGAAGUGAAACAAUACGGUAUUAGGUAUUAAGACCUAAUUGUAAGGGACUUAAGAGAUUGGCCCAUAUGUAUAGUUAUGGGGUUUUUUUGUGAUCGAGGGAGGGGUCAGAGUGAAACAAGAUGUCAAGUUGAAGCUAGCUAUUCAUUUUGUGCUUGUUCGGUUAUUAACCCGCAUUGUCAUCAUAUGUUUGUUUUUUUUUCGAUUCAAUAUUCUAUUAUUAAUGAAAAUGAAUUCAUGUUUUUAGAAUCGAAUGUGUAAACAUUUGUUAUAAACUCAAAGUACAAAACUGCUUUAGGGGCAAUUCUUUAUAUUGCUUACCCGUCGGUGCGCUAAAUGUAGUAUUUACUUUUUGCGAGUACAGCUGACAUAUGUCGCUGAUGUCUCCUUGAAUUUAAAAUAGAUAUGCGUUGUGGAAAUAUUAUUUCGUGUCAUUUUGAGUGGAAAGAUGUCUUGUAGUGUAUUAUAACGAACCAUUGGUGCUAAAAAGUAAAAGAUUUAGAAAUACCGUACGUUUUGCAUGAAAAACGGUCAUUACUAUUUAUUGUAACCUAUUAAAAUGCAUGCUUAGAAGAAUGAGUUGACGAGAUAUUAGGCUUGGGUUUUCUUUUGAAUUAUUGAAACGUUUUAACUUACUGAUUAAGUAUUUAACAGAAUUGUAAGCGAGAUGAUAAUGUAAUUGAUCCUAGGAUAGUAGGUGUAUAAAAGUGUGCGACUCGAGAUUUUGAGAUUUCCUUUGGAGGAAUUUGCUGACGCCAUUAAAAUGUGGAAAAAAUCGUGGUUUUGUAAAAGGUUUUGUUUAUUUUGGCUUUUUAAAUUUGAAGUAUGCAAUUAUUAUAGUUAAUAUAGUGUAAUUUAUAAAAAAAAAACGAAAAAAAAAAAAAAAAACCACAAUUCCAUGUCGAUAGAUGGUCCGUAGUAUGAUCAAAUGCAAACUUGUACCACAUUUCUUCGUGCCAUAGAUCUUUGUUUUGUUAAUUUGGAUAACUUAAUUAAACGACAGAUGAACAUUGAUAAA